AUGCCCAGGUGUUCAAAAACCCAAAUACUCCGGGGGGACGCCUACAAGAAUUACUGUUCAACAGUCGGUUCUGGGAGAGGAACGAAGGCAGGGAGUUACUUUGGCAAUGGAUUCGUUUCGCUUUUCGAGGACGAGGUUGUGCUUUGCGGCGAGGGGAGACUGUCCGAGGGCGUAUACCACUUCAACUUCGAACUCGAGUUUCCGUCCAAAGGCUUACCCAGCAGUAUUGACUUUGAGCGCGGAACAAUUUCCUACAUGCUCAAUGCUACCUUGACCCGCCCCACUACCAUAUCGCCGACUGCGUCAUGCGAUACGAAGGUCUACCUUACCGAAUCGGUCGAUAUCGCGCCCGUACCGCCGCUAAAGCCUCGUGUCAUCUCAUUGGAACCCAUAUCUAGACGAACGCGUGCUAGGUCGACGCGGAAACGACCAACUGAGGAGGCUCCACAGACACCUACCACUUCAGAACCUCAGCCAGUAGGGUCCGCUUUAGAAAUAACAAAUACUGUUGAGGAGACGGAGGGUCCCCGGAGCCCCUCGCCUAGCGACGUGAGCUAUGAGAGUCAGAGAAGUAGCGGGAACGCUUCUGGCACCGAGUACGGCAUUCGAUCGAUCAACACGGCUACAGACGGAUCGGGCUCACAGAAUGGAAGUCGAACGACCCUAAAAGGAAAGACAAUCACAGCCACGAUCGAUGUACUAAAGGGAGGCUUUCUCAGAGGCGACCAAAUACCUAUCAAAGUCACUGUAAACCAUACAAAGCACAUACGAAGCUUGAAAGGCAUUAUCAUCACGUUGUAUCGUCAAGCAAGGGUAGACAUGCAUCCUGCGCUGCCUGUUGUACCCAACAGCAAAGGCGACAAGACCAAGUCCGAAGAUUACUACCCGAAAUCGAGAACUGGUUUAGGAGGCUUGUCUCUCUCAUCGGCCGGAUCCAGUCAUUUGUUCCGGAAGGAUUUAUGCCAGUCAUUCGCACCGCUCUUUGUUGAUCCUAGGACGCUAACGGCUGAAGUGAAGUGUACAGUACGCGUGCCUGAUGAGGCAUUCCCCACAAUAUCAAACGUCCCAGGAGCGAUGAUAUCCUUCAAGUACUACGUCGAAGUGGUUGUAGAUAUACAGGGCAAGUUGACAGGCCUUGACCGAAUGGUAUCUAAUGCCGGGCUUGUCAAUCUGCCUUCUGCAGCUGGUGGUACCUCAGCCAUGACACGCGAUGAUGCUACUGGCAGCAUGUUCUCAACCUGGGGAGGCAACUUUGUCGACACCGAUCAGAUUCGCCGCGAAAAGGGCAUCGUUUCUGCUUUGUUCGAAGUUGUCAUCGGUACCAGGGACAGCGAUAGGAAUGGCAAGAAGAAACAGACACAGGAACAGCCGGUCGACAACAAUGGUGCCCAUGAAGGACACAUGGAUCCAAAUGCUCAACAGGGCUAUGAUCAGUACUAUUACGAGCAAGACGAGAACGGACAAUAUUACGACUACAAUUACGACCCAACGUAUUACGAGGUUCCUGGAUACGAACAACAUAGCGCAGGCGGAGCUGCAUCGUUCCCAGUACCUGCAGCUGUUCCCGAAGAAGAACAAGGGAUAUCGGAGAAAGAGCGGUUGCGAAGAGCAGAAGAGCGCUUACUACCAUCUCAACCGCCCGAUACUGCCGGACCGUCAGCACCUUCAGGAGCGGUCCAAUACGGUAUACCAGCGUCGGCGCCCUUGUUACCGGAAGAUGACGAUCCGAAUCCCCCUUAUGUCGCAGCAUCUUCAUCUUCCUCGACUCCCGCCCAUCCUCCACCCCCAUUUCGCGCGGCUUCCUCGCCGUCGUUGUCAUCGGGCAUGACACCCGUACCGCACUUGCAGCGCCGUAUUACGAAUAUCACAGAUGAUGAGACAAGGACCAUCAGAACUGAGUCCUCGCAUACCAUACAUCCCAGUCACCCAGAACCAUCCACCAAUGGCGACAACAACGACCAGUCGAAACCACUACCGCCACUGCCACCACAACCGCCCACCACAGCACAAGGAUCAGCACCAGAGUAUGUUGCUAGUUCGUCAUCGCAUGUCGAACCCACCGACGACAAGCAAGAAAUGCAGCGACGAAGACUAGAAAUGGAAAGAAGUGCGCCGCCUACAGACCAUGACGAAGACGGUGAGCCAUCACAUGGUCCUUCAGCACCGCCGCUCAAUAGAAUGCAAAGCUUGCACUUGGCGCCUUCGGCACCUAUGCUGAACGAUGACGACGAAGAUCUCGUGGGCGCUGUACGUCCAGGUCGAAGUACGCAAGGUGGGCCACAGGAUAGUAGGCGGGAAAGUGAAGCCUUGCCGGAAUACCGGAGGUAA